GUUUGUCUGACUUGUCUAAAUUUUUUAUGCUGUCGUCAUAGUAUCGGAACCAUGACAUUUGAUACAUUGGGGCUUUCUCAUCAAUGAUGAGAAAUAGCAACCAAAGUCGAAUUGAUUUCGUUAUAAGUGUUUUUCUUGUUCUUUACAUGUUUGACAAUUAUGCACAAUGUACCCUUUGGCUGGCAGCAAGAGCACGGUGUCCCCUCUCUCCUUACUUUGUGCAACGCAAAAUUCACCAAAAUGAUGCAAAUCUACGUCAUUUACCUUUUAACUCCGGGCUUUGUAACCAACAGGGCCGGUCCGACACUCACUGUUCAAACUCAGCUGAUGUGCGUGCAUUUCCAACCCCCCCAAAAGGUGAAUAAGCCACUCUUUCGAAUCUCCCGACUGACACUCAGGUCAGACAACGAUGGUCCACGAUUUCGACGCGAUAUGGAAAGAUAUUAUACAGUGGCAAGGCGACAUUCAUAAGCAAGAUGACGCCCUCAAAAGAAAAAAACCGAUUCGUACCCAAAAUCUGCCUCCAGUAAGACGAUUCACGGAGCUGAUCAUGGACGAAGGUCUCAAACCAGUGGGGCUUGAAACUCUUCAACAUUCUCCAAAAGCUACUUCAACCACCGAGGCAAUGGCAGCCUCAUCUGCGAAAUCAACAGGAACACCCGCAAAACGUGCUCAAGAGGAAAAAGAAAAGGGAAAUGCUUUUUUUCAAAGAAAGGAAUAUACCAAGGCCAUUGUUCAUUACAGUCAGGCCAUUGAUUUGGAUCCGUCCGUGGCUGUGUACUUCGUAAACCGCGCCAUGGCCUAUCUUAAAUUAAAUAGAUAUUUGGAAGCGGAACGCGAUUGUACACGUGGUCUUCAAUUGCAGCCAAAAAACGUGAAAGCACUAUGGCGCCGUGGUAUUGCGUUGCGCGAACUCGGCCGUGUGGAAGAAGCGCGGAAAGAUUUUGAAGUCGCUUUGGCGCUGGAACCGGGAAACCAGGCUGUCAAAGAAGAACUUGGCAAGCUACCGCCGCUGAAAUCAUCCGGGAAGACAUCAGCUACCGGAACCACCGUGUCGAAAGAGAUCAAGAUGCAAGAGCAGGCUGUGGAACCCACGGCAGCCACACGAAAACAGCUCCCUAUCAAAGUGCUUGAUGAAGCAUACGUACCUGGCCAGUCAGGUAUCACAGAAACAACCGAGUCAAGGAAAAAAACAAACGAGGGCAACGACAUUGAAAAGCAAGCAAUUGCACCUGCGACGAGCAAGUUCCCUGUAAAAGAAUUGACCAAAGAAAAACCAACACCAGCAAAGCCGUCUGCUGCACCAGCUGCCACAACAUUGCCCAUUGCAUCUCCCGAGAAAUCCUUGCCAAGCAAGGUGACAUCCACAGGACCAUCUGGCUGGAAACCCGUGUGUCCAGCCACUAGUUUCGAAUUUCAGAGAGAUUGGAAGACGUGUAAAUAUCGAGGGGACGAAGCCUUGUAUCAAUACUUGCAGUGUAUACCACCGUCGUCUUAUUCAAAGACCUUUGGCUCCUCACUGGAAUCCGAUCAGUUUGAAAAGAUACUUGAUAUUUUAGACCGUUUCUACACUCGAGAGAAAAGCGCCUCCGAUAUUUUUGAAGUGCUGCAGGGUUUGAGCCGAGUUCGACGGGUUGAUAUGCUGGUAAUGUUUUUGCCCCCAUCCCAAACCAAAGGUAAGCGAGGCAUAGCCAUCCAACCAAAAGCAUACGUGGUGACUAAGCGAGACGUUCAAUAGUGUUGGCACGCUUACUUGAGGGUGUAAGUGGACAAGUGGAUAAAGACCAAUUGGCUGCAGUCGCCAAGCCAUUCGGUGUGCGAGUCUAAGAUAGCUGUGUAUCGGACAUUGGAAAUAAAAAGAAAAGUGAAAGUUUUUGCAUAUGGCCGAUCUUU